AUUGAUGAAAAUUGGGUUACCCUGAGGACUCUUGCUUAACUGAAAUCACAAAUGGAGCAGACAGAAAAAUCAAAAGUAUAUGCUGAGAACGGACUCUUAGAAAAGAUAAAGCUUUGCCUUUCAAAGAAACCACUGCCAUCUCCCACUGAGCGAAAGAAGUUUGACCAUGACUUUGCCAUCUCCACUUCCUUUCAUGGGAUACACAAUAUUGUUCAGAACCGGAGCAAAAUUCGCAGGGUGCUCUGGUUGGUGGUGGUUCUGGGCUCAGUCUCACUUGUGACAUGGCAGAUCUACAUUCGCUUGCUCAACUACUUCACAUGGCCAACCACAACGUCCAUUGAGGUUCAAUAUGUGGAAAAGAUGGAGUUCCCAGCUGUGACAUUUUGUAAUUUGAACAGGUUCCAAACAGAUGCUGUAGCCAAAUUUGGUGUUAUUUUUUUCUUAUGGCACAUUGUAUCCAAAGUCCUCCAUCUUCAAAAAAUUACUGCCAAUUCCACUGGCUCUAGAGAGGCUACUGAUUUUGCUGCAAGUCACCAAAACUUCAGCAUUGCGGAAUUUAUCAGGAACAAAGGUUUUUAUCUCAACAAUAGCACUUUGUUGGCCUGUGAGUUUUUUGGAAAGCCAUGUAGCCCAAAGGAUUUUGCACAUGUCUUCACUGAAUAUGGAAAUUGUUUUACUUUUAAUCAUGGUGAAACUCUCCAAGCAAAGAGAAAAGUGAGUGUCUCUGGAAGAGGUUUGAACUUGCUCUUCAAUGUGAAUCAGGAGGCAUUCACUGAUAACCCAGCCCUUGGUUUCGUUGAUGCUGGGAUCAUCUUUGUUAUCCAUUCACCAAAGAAGGUGCCACAGUUUGAUGGGUUAGGCUUGUUGUCACCUGUGGGAAUGCACGCAAGGGUAACCAUCCGCCAAGUGAAGACAGUUCAUCAAGAAUACCCUUGGGGAGAAUGCAAUCCUAACAUCAAGCUGCAGAAUUUUAGCAGCUACAGCACUUCCGGUUGCUUGAAGGAAUGCAAAGCCCAGCACAUAAAAAAGCAAUGUGGAUGUGUGCCUUUUCUUCUUCCUGGAUAUGGGAUAGAAUGUGACCUACAAAAGUACUUCAGCUGUGUUUCUCCUGUACUUGACCACAUUGAAUUUAAGGAUUUAUGUACAGUAGGAACACAUAACUCUAGCUGCCCCGUUUCUUGUGAAGAAAUAGAAUACCCGGCCACUAUUUCUUAUUCCUCUUUUCCAAGUCAAAAAGCUUUGAAAUAUCUUUCCAAGAAGUUGAAUCAAAGCCGGAAAUACAUCAGGGAGAAUCUUGUAAAAAUUGAAAUUAACUAUAGUGACCUAAACUAUAAGAUAACCCAGCAGCAAAAGGCAGUGAGUGUGUCUGAGUUACUUGCAGAUCUUGGUGGUCAGCUGGGUCUAUUUUGUGGGGCCAGUCUGAUCACGAUCAUAGAAAUUAUUGAAUAUCUAUUCACCAAUUUCUACUGGAUAUGCAUUUUCUUUUUGCUGAAGAUAUCUGAAAUGACCCAGUGGACUCCUCCACCUCAGAAUCAUCUGGGAAAUAAAAAUAGGAUAGAGGAGUGUUAAUGGUCACUUAGAAUAAAAUAGUUUCCUUUUCUUUUCAUGAUACCUUCAGAUUUAUCAUGACUAAUUCAUUGUUACGUCACUUUGCUAUAGUUUUGAGAGUUCGAUAAAAGCCAUUAAAGAUAUGUAUCUCUU